UCUGUGGCUUCUCGGAGCGGGCUUAACGCCAAAAAGCCCUGUGGAAACCCAGGCUUGGAGAAGCGCCCACUCAGGCUUCCAGCAGCGGAAAAAGGGGUGUCCUCCGCUCUGCGCAGCACUUGCCCCUGGUGGGUCGGCGCCGGGAUCUGAGCUGGAAGCCAAACGCCUCUUGGCAAGAGGCAUCAGCCCCCUCCGCCGGCUCACUCGCGGCGGGAGGGGUUUCUCACGCCCCCCUGCUCCUGGGCGACUGCACCGGAGGUCUGAAGGAAGCAGGGCGAGGGAUGAGUCAUCCCGCCUAAUUUCUCCUUCCCGGUCCCUAGCCUCCGCACUCCGGCCCCCUCCUGAGAUCAUGCAGCCGCGAGCGAACACUCCCCUCACCCGCACAGUUCACCACCAAACCCCCAGUGGCCUGCGGAGGAGAGGAGAUAGACAGGGCAUUUGGCCAAUGAUAGCCCUGCUCUCUCGCCCACUGUCCAAUGAGCCUUGACUCACAGGCGGGGCGGGACUAGGAGGGCAGCUGGGGGCGGUCCUGGGCUGGCGCGCGGCACAGCGGCUCCGCGGCUCACAGAGCUAGAGCAUCGCAGGGAGUCGGCGCCAAGGCGACGCGGGAAGGCGCCACCACCACCGCGGUCGCCGCCGCUGUCGCCGCUGGCCAAGGUGCUGGACACGACAGGCCCGUCGGCCAUCUCACCAGCUGAGGAACCCGUUGCUGCAGCUGCUGCUGCCUCGUUUCCAGCCAGUUCCCCAUGGAAGAGAUGGAAGAAGAGUUAAAAUGCCCCGUGUGUGGCUCCUUCUACCGGGAGCCCAUCAUCCUGCCCUGCUCUCACAAUCUAUGUCAGGCGUGCGCCCGCAACAUCCUGGUGCAGACCCCGGAAUCUGAGUCCCCCCAGAGCCGUCGGGCCUCCGGCUCUGGGGUCUCCGACUAUGACUACCUGGACCUGGACAAGAUGAGCCUGUAUAGCGAGGCGGACAGCGGCUAUGGCUCCUACGGAGGUUUCGCUAGCGCCCCGACUACCCCGUGUCAGAAGUCCCCCAACGGCGUCCGUGUGUUUCCCCCGGCUAUGCCUCCACCACCCACCCACCUGUCACCGGCCCUGGCCCCGGUGCCCCGCAACUCCUGUAUCACCUGCCCGCAGUGUCACCGCAGCCUCAUCCUAGAUGACCGGGGUCUACGCGGCUUCCCCAAGAACCGCGUCUUGGAAGGGGUAAUUGACCGCUACCAACAGAGCAAAGCUGCGGCCCUCAAGUGCCAGCUCUGUGAGAAGGUGCCCAAGGAGGCCACCGUCAUGUGUGAACAGUGCGACGUCUUCUACUGCGAUCCGUGCCGUCUGCGCUGCCACCCGCCCCGGGGGCCGCUAGCCAAGCACCGCCUGGUACCCCCGGCCCAGGGCCGCGUGAGUCGGCGACUGAGCCCUCGAAAGGUCUCCACCUGCACAGACCAUGAGCUAGAGAACCACAGCAUGUACUGCGUGCAGUGCAAGAUGCCCGUGUGCUACCAGUGCUUGGAAGAGGGCAAACACUCCAGCCACGAAGUCAAGGCUCUCGGGGCCAUGUGGAAACUGCACAAGAGCCAGCUCUCCCAGGCACUGAAUGGAUUGUCAGACCGGGCCAAGGAAGCCAAGGAGUUUCUGGUGCAGCUCCGCAACAUGGUCCAGCAGAUCCAGGAGAACAGUGUGGAGUUUGAGGCCUGUCUGGUGGCCCAGUGUGAUGCCCUCAUUGAUGCCCUCAACAGAAGGAAAGCUCAGCUGCUGGCCCGUGUCAACAAGGAGCAUGAGCACAAACUGAAGGUGGUUCGAGAUCAGAUCUCUCACUGUACGGUGAAAUUACGCCAGACCACAGGUCUCAUGGAGUAUUGCUUGGAGGUGAUUAAGGAAAAUGAUCCUAGUGGCUUUUUGCAGAUUUCUGACGCCCUCAUAAGGAGAGUGCACCUGACUGAGGAUCAGUGGGGGAAAGGCACGCUCACUCCCAGGAUGACCACGGACUUUGACUUGAGUCUGGACAACAGCCCUCUGCUGCAGUCCAUUCACCAGCUCGACUUCGUGCAGGUGAAAGCUUCCUCUCCAGUCCCAGCAACACCCAUCCUACAGCUGGAAGAGUGUUGCACCCACAACAACAGCGCUACCCUGUCCUGGAAACAGCCACCUCUGUCCACGGUGCCCGCCGAGGGAUACAUUCUGGAGCUGGAUGAUGGCAAUGGUGGUCAGUUCCGAGAAGUGUAUGUCGGAAAAGAGACAAUGUGCACUGUGGAUGGUCUUCACUUCAACAGCACAUACAACGCCCGAGUCAAGGCCUUCAACAAAACAGGAGUCAGCCCAUACAGCAAGACCCUGGUCCUCCAGACGUCCGAGGUGGCCUGGUUUGCUUUCGACCCUGGCUCUGCACACUCGGACAUCAUCUUCUCCAAUGACAACCUGACAGUGACCUGUAGUAGCUAUGAUGACCGGGUGGUCCUGGGGAAGACUGGCUUCUCCAAGGGAGUUCACUAUUGGGAGCUAACGAUAGAUCGCUAUGACAACCACCCGGAUCCUGCUUUUGGCGUAGCUCGCAUGGAUGUGAUGAAGGAUGUGAUGUUAGGAAAGGACGACAAAGCUUGGGCAAUGUAUGUGGACAAUAACCGGAGCUGGUUCAUGCACAACAACUCGCACACCAACAGAACGGAGGGAGGAAUCACAAAAGGGGCCACCAUUGGUGUCCUCCUCGACUUAAAUAGAAAGACCUUGACAUUUUUUAUCAACGAUGAACAGCAGGGUCCCAUAGCAUUUGAGAAUGUGGAGGGCCUUUUCUUCCCUGCUGUCAGCCUAAACAGGAAUGUGCAGGUCACACUUCACACUGGGCUCCCGGUUCCUGACUUCUACUCCAGCAGAGCAUCCAUAGCCUAAGGAUGUGCUGUGGAGGCACCAGCUGCCUGUUUCCUCUGCCUGAGAGAGAGAGAGAGCAAAUCAGCAAGGAGCUCCGCCAGCUGCGGCCAAGUUCAGAGUUGGCAGAAGAGGGAGAAGGAGGAAAGAACAGCUGGUCCUCUAGAGCUCUGCCCCUUUCCCUCCAGCCUCUCCACCCUCGCCAUGCCUGUGUGCGCUUCCACGUCUAGCAAUCUAACCAACAAAGGACCUAGACAGCCCACCACCUCACUUCCUUUCCGCUCCCAGGUUUUGCUUUUAUUUAACUUAGUUUUUUUAUAUAGGUGAGUUCACUCCAUUUCUUUUCUGAACUUGAUAUCGGUGACUUACAGAACUGGUACUGCCGAGAAAAAAAUUCUCCUAAUAACCUUUUUCUUAAGCUUUCAGUCAAACAAUGAGGUUGUAGAAGGAGGUAGAGAAGAAUGAGCUGAAUUUAGAACUUUGCAGUUUACCUCCUAGAACGUUCUUGCCCUCAUACCUCUCAUGCAGUGCUAGGUCUGCAUAGCUAACCUUUGAGAGGUGGGCAGAGUGAGUCUAUCAUGGAGAAGUUUUACUACCCAUUGAAGCACAAAAAUAUCAACUACACAGGUUCACAGCAGGGUAGGAUCAUUAGGAUAGCCCAAUCAGUAGGACAGGCCAGCAACCCUGGCCACUAUAUGAACCUGGAAAGUCUCUAGACAGGGGCAGACCAGGGGAUUUCAUGAUUUGGUUCAUUUAUUUAAUGCAAGUUUUUAAUUGAGAAACUACUAUGGACCAGGCACUGUUCCAGACACUAGAACCCUAGGUUCUAGACACUGUGGAAACAUGGGAUGAACAGACAGGCAUAGCCUCUGCUCCAUUGGAGCUUAUAUUCUAGUUGGAGAACAAGGCAAAAAUUAAGUAAUUACAAAUUGUUUUAAGUACCAGAAAGGAAGUAGACAAAGGUCAAAGAGCCUUAUCAGGAAGGUCUUUCAGGCUCCCUAGUUGAUGCUAAAAACCCACACAUUCUGGCCAUCACACCAGAAAUGUACCAACUCAAUGCCUUUUCAACUGCCCUCUUUUAAUUAUGUCCUGCUGCUACUCAUCACAGAGCCCUUCUUUGGUAGAAAUGACAUCAUCAUUCUUAGAUACCAAGCCUUAAAAAACAGUUAAGAAAUAAAAGGUGAGCAGAGGGCAGAAGGCCCAUGCUCGGUAAUGGGGGAACUUAAGUUGCGGUCCACAGCAUUCACACUCUCAGGAUAAACAUCUACCUGUGUGCUACCUGUGCCUAUUACAAACGAAAACUCCAUCCACUCUGCUGCCAUCCACAGCCCGACUUUCUGGGGUAGUUCAAAUAAUGUUUGGAUAAGAUUUUUGUUACUAGUUGUUACUAAGACUGACGGCAGAAUAAUAAGGCUUAUUACUUCUAUAGAGGGAGAUGCUUACCCUUCAGAUUCUUUAGUUUGACAUGAAGUUUUAGAAAGUGUAGGACCUGGAGGAAAAAGGUCUAGUUGGUUGUCUAGAUAUUUUCCAGCGAGCCAAGAAUAUCACCAUGAAAAAAUUAAAAAACAAGAAUAACAAACAGAAGGGGAAAAGGUAAGAAGGGAAAGCUAAUAAAGUCUUGGCAAAAGGUGAUAUAUGUAAAUAGCUACUUUACUAUUAUUUACUUUUGUGCUUCUUUUACUUAGAUUAUUUCUAUCAGUUAUAAUGUUUUUCUAAUUGGAAGCUAAUUUAUUGAACGGGUGCUAUCCUAUCUAUCCGUCUUGGUUUUCCAUGGCUACACAAACACUGUUGCAGGACAACACUGGUUUGAUAUUUGAUUUGUGCUCCAAUGAGACUCGAUGGCUGGGCCGCUGUAGACUCAUAGUUGUUCUCAUUCUUUAUUAAAUUCAUCCUGCUAAUUAGAUUUCUAGUGGCUCAUAACACAUAGUUUACACUGAAUUGCAAUGAUAGAUGCAUAUGGCUACUGUACUAGAAAAAAAAUCAUUUCCUGUGCCAAUAAAUGAUUUUUAUGAAAG